AUGCCCAACCCAGGUCGAUCGGUCCCAAAGCGUUCUUCUGUCGAAGGCACGCUGCACAUCCUUCUGCUCACCACUGGAAGUGUAGCGAGCGUCAAGGCCCCCCUUAUCGUCAAGGAGCUGCUUAAUUAUGAGAAAACCCAGGUGCAAGUAGUCAGCACCAAGCCUUCCAUGCAUUUCUUCGAUGCGGAUGCACUAGAAGCGGAUAAUGUCGCAACAGGCGUAAAAGUGUGGAAAGACGAAGACGAGUGGGAUACGUGGGAUCGGAUGGGCGACCCAGUCCUACAUAUAGAGCUCCGGAGAUGGGCGGACGUCGUUCUCCUCGCUCCGUGCAGCGCUAACACGCUGGCCAAGCUCGCCGCAGGGCUCUGCGACAACCUCCUUACAUCACUCCUCCGCGCCCUGACGUCCGAGACGUCCAAACAUCUCUUCCCAGCCAUGAACACUUGCAUGUACCUACAUCCGCACACGGCUUCCCACCUCUCCGUCGCCGAGCAGUUGGGGUGGGAAGUCGGUCAGCCAGAGUCGAAGGCGCUCGCUUGCGGAGACGUGGGGAUGGGGGCCAUGAUGGAUUGGAGAGAUAUUUGUUUGCUUGUUGCAGGGCGGUAUGGGAGGAAUAGGAAGGCAGGAGCGCCGGAGGUACCGAGAAAGGUACCUGUCGUUGAUGGGAUUACUGCGGCCCCAAAGUUGGAGGUUGAGCAGACAGUGUAGAGAAUGUCAAUAGGGCAUGAAGGAAUGGACCCCAGGGGUCAUCGAUACCACACUCGAACGCACGCCUUCAAAACCUGGGCACUUACUUGUCUUU